AACUAACAUUACUGCUGUAGUCCUGCCCCGUUCUCUUGGUACCGUGCGGCGGGGGAACGAAGAGACGGCCAUAAGGAGCCACCGUUCUCGUCUCUCUCCUUCACGGUAAACCUCGUGCCGAUCCACCUCGGCUGAUAACCCGACAAGCUCCCUGACCUUCGCCUGCCGACGUUGUCGCUGUUGCCCACCGGCCCUCGAAUUCUUGUCCUCUUUCUGGCCUCUCCUCGGCCGCCUCCGCCUCCUCAACAAAAAUGUCCUCGCCUUCCGGCUCGUCCCAUGUGGGCAAGCGCAAGCGUGCAGCGACCGCAAACUCCGUCAAGAUGGACGAUAACCCCUUGCUGCAGCCGUCCUCGCGAGAUGCAUCCGGUGAGGAGGGCGACACCACCGCGCCCGAGUCCGGCAGACUCUCCCAUCGCAAGUCGGACUCGGCCGCGAACUCGAACCCAGCCAAGCGCCAACGCGCCAAUUCCGACCGCAAUUCCGCCCUCGAGGCUGCCAACCACACCCUAGACCCCGGCGAGCCCAGCGACACGACAGAGGCCAGCAUUGACAUAGCCGAUCGCGUCACGAGGAAAAGCAGAAAGCCCGGCGGCGCCAAGGACGUUGUCAUGCAAGAUGACGAAGAGAAGAAGAAGCAAGCCGCCAUGCCGCCCCCCCCGGUCGGCCGCCUGACGCACCCCGCCGGCUACAGGACGAACCCCCCUCCCACCGGCCGAACCAUCCGGGUUUACGCCGACGGCGUCUUUGAUCUGUUCCAUCUCGGCCAUAUGCGCCAGCUCGAGCAAGCUAAAAAGGCAUUCGAUGACGUCUACCUGAUAGUAGGCGUCACCGGUGACGAGGAGACGCACAAGCGCAAGGGUCUCACCGUAUUGUCGGGCUCGGAACGUGCCGAGACGGUGCGGCAUUGCAAGUGGGUUGACGAGGUUGUCGAGAAUUGCCCCUGGAUCGUCACGCCCGACUUCCUCGAGAAGCACAAGAUCGACUACGUUGCUCAUGACGAUAUUCCCUACGGCGCCGCCGAGGGCGAUGACAUCUACGCCCCUAUCAAGAAGGAAGGCAAGUUCUUGGUCACGCAACGAACAGAGGGCGUCAGCACGACGGGCAUUAUUACCAAGAUUGUUCGUGACUACGAAAAGUACAUCACGCGUCAGCUCCGACGAGGAACCUCGCGCCAAGAGCUCAACGUGAGCUGGCUUAAGAAGAACGAGCUUGACCUCAAACGCCACGUCCAAGAAAUCCGCGACAACAUCCGAACCAAUUGGACGACAACUGGCCAGGAGCUCAGCCGGGAGCUUCGCCAGUACUGGCCCGCAAGCCGGCCCCAGAGCCCGUCGCCCGCCCGCCGCUUUUCCGUGCCCAACACCCCCGGUGCAAACGGGGAGACCAGCCUGCGGGAAGCCGCCACACGUGCAGCCGCCGCCAAGUCCCCCACCACCCCCGGCCCCGUCGAGAGAGCGUCAGCCCCCAACGAUUUCAUGACCGGCUACACUCUCGGCUUGAUCGGCGGCGUGAGGUCGUGGAUGACGAAGAGCCGACGAAACGUCCGCGACAGUCGGCCGGCAAGUGACGACGACUCGGAGGAGAGCGACGGGAAGGUCAACGACCGCGAGCGGCCAGCAGUUGCAUCUUCCAGCUAGUCGCUUGAAUCUUUCCUAGCCCUCAGCGGCGGCAGGACAGGGACGCCCAGCAUCAUUCGACGACCAAGGUCAUAUUCACGAUUCCGAUUCCGAUUCCGACGAGUAUGACGAGGAAGACAGUAUAGACUUUUAAUGGCUCUGGUGACUGUGUUGGGGAGGGAGGGAAAAGAGGGAAAGGGGGAUACACAAAAGAAAAGAAGAAAAUUCGAUAUGCUUACCACGGCGGCGUUCUACGGCUCUUUUCUUUUUUUCAUUUCUUUUCCCUCCCCUUCCCUGUAUUCUGGCAGUACGAAAUUGAGAGCCAGCUGCGCCGGG